AUGUCUACCCAGCCGCAUGUGCCUGUGUCCUCCUGUUUCUGUGUUUGAGCUGUUUCUGUGUUCCCGUGUUUUUGUUCUAAAUGAAUUAUGCAGGAGGCUUAUGAGAAAGUCUUUUGGCCAGCUGUUACAAUUUUACACCCACAGCUGAUCCUGGCUCAGGGUCUAUCACCAAAAACCUGUGGCCGGUGUACACAAACAUUUGGAGGUGGAGCCCUUGCCUGAGAUCGGCGAUGAAGAGGAGAGGGUAACCUGAGAGCUGCUCACAGUCAUUGAGUGAAACUGGGCUGAUCAGGUGUCUGAGGAAGAAAGACCUGAUGGGGAGAGAAGAAGAUGGAGGCUGGAGUUGUGUUGAUACAGAGGCUAAAUUUAGAUUCUGUGUGAGUUUGUAAUACGCUUUGAAAAAGAAAAGUUGUAAGUAUGUUUAGGGAAGCGAAGUGAGACACAUUUUGCAGUGUUGUCUCUUGGAUUUGGCUGAUUUUUGUCAGCUGGGUCAGUCUUUUUGUGCAGUGUUACAGGUAGAAGGAGCAGCAGCCAGGUAAAACAAAGAAAAGACAGUAGACCAAAAAAAGAAAGGGAUGAAAGAAGACGGAUAGGGUUAAUUCAAAAGAAGUGAAGUGAAAAGGAGGGGCUGGAAAACGUGCAUAAGGAAGAAAGAGGCCCAAAACUACUCUGCAACAAGCUGAUUUUCUACUUUGGACUGGCCCUGCUUUGGACUCUGAGCCCUUCAGCCUGCCUGGGACUGAAUGGUCCAGGCAGGCCAAAGGUCCACUCUGUGCCUUCCCUGAGUGACUCCUCCUAGGAGAGAUAACCAGAUAUCUCAACUCUCCGGGAUCCAGCUUCCGCACUGCCCCGGUCUGAAGCUGCUCAGACGCCUGGAAGACUCGAAUCCGGCAGCCAGUCCAGAGGGAUCCGCAUUGAGAGGGUUUAAGCUCAAGACAGGGCUGACAGGGACCACGCAGGAUCUUAUGAAGGUACACUAAGCAGCUGCUAAUAUGGAGAAUCACAUCACGCAGAUUUCCAGGGAAGACCUGGAAGAUCUCAGAGACGCCUUUAAUAAAAUUGAUAUCGAUAACAGCGGCUUUGUGAGUGACUUUGAGCUUCAGGAGCUGUUCAGAGAGGCCAGCUUCUCUCUGCCGGGGUACAGGGUACGAGAGAUCGCCGAGACCUUCAUUGCUGGAGACACCAACAAGGAUGAGAAGAUCAGCUUUGAGGAGUUUGUUUCUAUCUAUCAAGAGCUGAAGAGUAAGGAAUUCAGCGAGACGUUUAGGAAAACCAUCACAAGGAGGGAUGGGAUCCGCUCUUUUGGAGGAAUGUCACGAAUUUCCAGCGAGGGGACGCAGCACUCCUACUCCGAUGAGGAGAAGGUGGCUUUCGUCAACUGGAUCAACAAAGCUUUGGCCAAAGAUCCAGACUGCCAACAUCUGCUGCCCAUGAACCCUGAAGAUGGAAGCCUAUUCGCCUCUGUCCGUGACGGCAUCGUGUUAUGCAAAAUGAUCAACCUGUCUCAGCCUGACACCAUCGACGAAAGAGUCAUCAACACUAAGAAACUUGCUACCUUCAAAAUGACAGAGAAUCUAGUCCUGGCUCUGAACUCGGCCUCAGCAAUCGGCUGCACGGUGGUGAGCAUUGACGCCCAUGAUCUGAUGGCCGGGAAACCUCAUCUGGUCCUUGGACUGCUGUGGCAGAUUAUCAAAGUUGGCCUUUUUGCUGACAUAGAAAUCAGCAGGAACGAAGGUCUGAUCGGCCUCCUGGAAGAUGGGGAACAGCUAGACCGUCUGAUGUCUCUCUCCCCCGAGGAGCUGCUCCUCCGCUGGGUCAACUAUCACUUGAAAAACGCAGGAACGAAAACCAUCAGCAAUUUCAGUGAAGAUAUCAAGGACUCCCGAGCCUACUUCUACCUGAUGGACCAGAUCGCUCAACACGAACAGAAGGACUAUAAAAAGAACAUCAAAAUCGACAUGAGCGGCCUCAAUGUGCGUGAUCUGGACAGAAGGGCCGAGAUGAUGCUGCAACAGGCGGCUCGGCUGGACUGCAGGCAGUUUGUUUCUCCUCACGACGUCACGUCUGGAAACAGCAAACUCAACAUGGCCUUUGUAGCCAACCUGUACAACAGGCAUCCAGGUCUGGAGAGGGGUCAUUCCAACAGCAACGGCCUGCAGACUGAACACUUAGAGGCUGAAACCAAAGAAGAGAAAACAUUCAGGAACUGGAUGAACUCUCUGGGUGUUUCUCCAUAUGUCAACUACCUGUACCAUGACCUGAUUGAUGGUUUGAUCAUCCUGCAGCUUUACGAAAAGGUUAAUGUGCCUGUAAACUGGAAGAAAGUCAACAUGCCACCUUAUUCUUACCUGGGGGCCAAUAUGAAGAAGUUGGAGAACUGUAACUAUGCCGUGACUCUAGGCAGGGAUGUGGCUCACUUCUCUUUGGUCGGCAUUGGAGGACAAAACCUGAACGAGGGGAGUCAGUUGCACACACUGGCUCUGCUCUGGCAGCUGAUGAGGAGGUACACAGUGCGGGUUUUGUCAGAUCUGGGUGAUGGAGAGAAAGUCAGAGAUGAGAUCAUCGUCAACUGGGUUAACACCACUCUGACCCAAAAACGCAAGGACUCACAAAUCAGCAGCUUCAAGGACCUUCGCAUCAGCACCGGUCUGCCUGUAAUUGACCUGAUCGACGUCAUUGCUCCUGGGACGGUCAGGUGGGAGAUGGUGAACAGGGGAGAGAGAGGGAUGCUGAAGCCAGCUGAUAAACUGGAAAAUGCCAAGUAUGCAAUCUCAUUGGCUCGUAAGAUUGGAGCUCGUGUCUACGCACAGCCGGACGAUUUGGUGGAAGUGAAUCCCAAGAUGGUGCUGACGCUGUUUGCCAGCCUCAUGGGCUACGGUUUGAAAAAGGCCAAACACUAAAAACCAACAUGAACAAACCACCUGGAACCAUUAACACAUAAACAUCUUUUCCCCCCACACUUUACCCCAACUUUAUCUCAGUGUUGUAUUUUCUUUUCUUUGUCUUGAAACCUUGCUGUGAUCACCACACAGAGCAAGACAAUCCUUUAUUUCUUUUAAUCUUUUCAUGAAAACAAUAAACCUGCCUUAAGAUGAGAUGGAUCGUGUCUUGUUAACAACUGCUACUGCAUUUGUUUGUCAUGAGUGAUUUGACAGAAAAAGCUCCUUGUUGUUCUCUCGCUUUAUUAUGUGUAAUAGGACAUUACGUGUGUUGACUUGUUCUGCGAUAUGACCUGAACAGGUGUCACAGCAGAAGAAAGAGUAAAAUCAGAGAGUAAACAGCUUUUGAAUGUAAAUGUUUUGCAUUGAACGUUGCUAUUUAAUUAUUAAAAAAGAAUCUAUUAAAGUACUGCACUGUAUUGUGA